UCGAAGGCACUGACAGCUGUGGUUGGCUGAUGCUGUAGGGUCAACUGAAUCAAGGAUACCUUGUUUUGUUCCGGAAGAAAAUCGGACGGUGUCUUUUCGAAGUCUCACUGAUCCCACUGACAUGAAAACAGUGAGUUCUUGUGUAAAGAGUUCUGUGGAAGACAUCCAUGAACCAAAGAAGAUGUGUAAGGCUUUCCAGGAUAUUUCUACAUACUUUUCUGAGGAGGAGUGGGCAAAACGAACCACAUGGCAGAAAAGUGUCUACGUGUAUAUGAAAAGAAACUACAUCAGGAUGACAGCCCUAGGGGUCACAGUCAACCAACCAGUUUUCAUGCGUUGCAAGCAACAGGCCAAAGAAUUCCUGGUGGAAUGUAUUGAAGUUCAUGGCCAUGAUAGUGAAGACGAACAUUCUGAAGUGACUUUUGGCAUAAAACCGACAAAACGCCUAAAGUUGACACCACUGAAUCUAGAUCCUCAUAAUGAAAAUGGAAGACUUGCCUCUGAAGAUGCUGCUCCUUCCCCUGAUUCCAAUUUGCCAGGAGCUGGCAACAUUCAGGUAAAUGCCUGGAGUCACCGGUUGAGGAAAAGGAAGAAGCAAGUGACCCACAAAGAGAUCAAGGAUCCCAAAAAAGAUGAUGAUGAUGGAAUCUAGUCGAAAUAAUCCCAGGAGGAGAAGCAGAAUGUGGUGGGAAUUCUGGAUCAUUGCCACGACUUUGAAAGACUAAAUAUCAACUAUAUCUUUCUCUAGAUAUAUGCAUAUA